AUGGCUCUUGUAUUAAACGUGGUUGUACUUGGGAUCUUAGUUUAUUGUAUACGAUGGGCAAUCAGCCGCAUCCAAGAGAAUAAGGAAACACAAGCUAUUAUAAAAAAUCUUGGUUGCUUCUCGCCUCCAUUACUCGAAAACCAGAGACCUCUUGGAAUCGAUCGUCUAGAGCAGAUAUUUCGAGCAGAUAACGAAUCAAGACUUAUGGAGCUGUUUCUGUUCCACUUCAGGCAAACUGGAUAUACUCUGAAGCAAGUUUUCUUGUUGACUCCGGCUUAUGGUACCGUGGAUCCCGCCAAUUUGGAAGCUAUUAUGUCCACAAAAUUUUCGGAUUGGGGAAUGGGGCCGCGGCGUGCUAUCUCCUUCCCAAUGUUUGGCGAGGGAAUAUUCAUUCAGGACGGCGAAGCUUGGAAACAUUCCAGAGACUUGCUUAGACCACAUUUUGUCCAUCGGCAAUACGAAGAUCUGGAAGUCUUUAGAGGAUCUGUUGAUGAAUUGCUUGAUGCUCUCCCUAAAGAAGGAGGGGUCGUCGAUUUACAGCCAUUGUUCUUUCGUCUCACACUUGACACAACCACUGCAUUUUUGUUCGGACAAUCUGUCCAUAGUCUCAAAUCCCCAGAUUCAACAAACGAACAAGAUUUUGCAGGCGCAUUUAAUGCAGCACAAGAAUACGUUGUAAAGAGAUUCCGACUCCUAGAUCUUUACUGGCUUAUUGGGGGGAAGAAAUUCUCUCAAGCCUGCAGCAAAGUGCACGAAUUCGCUGACCAAAUUAUUGAACACAAUCUUUCACUAGAUUCCGAGUCUGGGACCGAUAAGAAGUAUGAUUUCUUGAGAUCGGUAGAUAAAAGUAUGCAAGGUGACCGUGAGUUACUGCGAGGACAAAUUGUCAAUAUCCUUGUUGCUGGAAGAGAUACCACCGCCUGCCUUCUCUCUUGGACAUUCUUUCUCCUUGUACGCCAUCCGAAAGUUCUAGCCAAAUUACAAAAAGAGGUCGCGUUGCUUGGAGAUGCACCGGAGUUAAAUAGAACAGAACUACGAAAUAUGAAAUACCUUCAAAAUGUUCUCAAGGAAACCCUUCGUCUGUAUCCUUCUGUCCCUGUCAAUACGAGAACUUCUUUGAACGAUACAGUCCUACCAACUGGAGGAGGACCUGAUAGAAAAUCGCCGAUUUUCAUCAAAAAGGGUACCGCCGUUGCCUACAGUGUCUAUACUAUGCAUAGAAGACCAGAUCUCUAUGGUAUGGAUGCUGAAAUCUAUCGGCCCGAGAGAUGGGAUGAACCAAUGCCGAUGAAUGACAAUCCAACAAAUCAGAAAUGGGGAUACUUGCCAUUCAACGGGGGACCAAGAGUCUGUCUCGGUAUGGACUUCGCUCUUACAGAGGCCGCUUAUACAGUUGUGAGAAUAUUACGAAAAUAUCCUGGCGUAAAGUUACCUGCGAACGAGAAAGUAGAGUUAACCGGGGUGGAGAAACAGACAAUGACAUUAGUGGUUUCAAUCAAAGAAGGAUGCAACGUUCAUUUAUAA